AUGUCUCAAUCACUACCAUCAAAGAUGCAAGCUUGGAAAGUCCAUGUUGGCAAGCCUGAGCCUAUACUCGAAGAAGUCGAUGUACCGAAGCCUGGCGAUGGUGAGAUGCUCGUCAAGAUCCUGGCUGCUGGAGUUUGCCAUUCGGACUGCACACUGCUGGGCAUGAAGGAAGCGCCACCAGGCAUGAACAUGCGACCACAGUACACACUCGGCCACGAAGGAGCCGGUGAAGUCGUCCAGCUCGGACAGAACGUCAAUGAUUUCAAAGUCGGCGACAAAGUGGCCAUCUUGAUCAUUCCCGGAUGCGAGGAGAGCUCCUGCCCCGUAUGUUCGAUCGGUCUUCAACGUCUAUGCCACGGCAAUAAGAGCGGCAACUACGGUCUCGGUAUCAGCGAUGGCUUCUUCGCCGAGUAUGUCAAUAUUAUGGCUCGGGCGGCUGUCAAGGUCCCCGAUGGCGUAAACAUGCCAAUUGCUGCUGUGGCGCCGGACGCCGUGUUGACUGCCUAUCAUGCCAUCCGGUACACGGCGGAAGUGCAACCUCACCAGACAAUCGCUAUAUAUGGCCUCGGAGGGCUAGGCCUGAAUGCCGUCAAGAUCGCACAGCAUCUUGGAGUCAAGCGGAUCUUGGUCGUCGAUAAACGCCAGGAGACCAUUGAUCUCGCCGUAGGUCUUGGUGUCGCUAAAGAAGACGCUUUCUGCACGGGUAACUCGGGUUCUCCAUCCAUCGAGCAAUUCGCUGCAGAGAAGGGAGUCAACAUCGAUACGACCAUCGACUUCGUCGGUCAUGGAGAUACUUUCCAGAGCGCACAAUUCGCCGUCCGGGCUGGAGGCACAAUGGUGCAGGUCGGUUUGAUCAGUCCUACUGUAACAAUGAUUCCGCUGGUCACUGUAUUGAAGGGCGUCACGAUCAAAUGCCAUUACAAUGGAUCCAUGGAGGCGUUACGAGAGUGUAUGGAUCUGCUAGCCAAGGGUGUGAUCAAGCCUAGUGUUGAGACAGGGUCGAUGAAGACUUUACCGAAGGUGGUAAAGGAUCUCGAUGAGGGUAAGAUCAAGAGUCGAAUGGUCUUGGUACCUGACUGGACAAAAGCAUGA